AUGUCGUGUAAUGAGGCCUCUGGAGGUGACCUUGCCAACGUCGUUCACAGUCUGACCAUAUCCGGCCUCAACCCUAGGCAAUGCACGGCGACUCUUGCUGUUGUUGCAAAGAGGGUAACUGCUAUGGACUUAUCCCACUCUGGUGUCAUCGAACCCAAACAAUUGGCCGCAGUUUUCUGGGGUUUUGUGAAGCUUGAGUUCACUGAUGACGACGUGAUGACUUACCUCGUCAGAUCAGCAACGGCAAGAAUGGAUGAGUUCAACUCCCAGGACCUCAGUAUGGUCUCCUGGGCUCUCGCCAAGUCCCUGCCUCUCUUGCCCACCGAAGGUUACCACGCAGCUGUGCAGUGCUGCAUAUCUAAGAUUGCGCUCAGGGCAUCGACCGUUUCACUCAGUUCAACACAAGCUGUGACGAACACCUUAUGGGCAUUGGCACGAUGUCGGCAAGCAGGACUAGUGGUCCCUCUGCGUGGGGUCAAGAUGAAGCCGUUGAAGCAGCGAACGUCGCAGAAUGUCGCCAACUACUUGUGGAGUUUGUGCGUCCUGGAGUUGCCCUGUCCUGAUCAGUCGGAGCUCAUUGAUCUCAUCACAAUUGCUUUCACCACGCGUGAGUGCUGUAACGUUGUGUGGGCUCUCGCUCACUGGCCUGAGGCUGCUGACCUUGCCUGGAGCCUACUACCGAGGAUAAUAGAAGAGUCGGCCCAACUGAGCCCAUUAGACAUAGCUAGCCUUAGUAAAGCUGUUGCCAUGGCCGUGGCCGACUCUGGUGCGGAGUCGCUCAAUCGUCCAAUGCAUGUAUGUUUCUGA